AUGUCCCUUUCCCUCACUCGCUCAGAAUUCGACAUCGCCUGCAAGGCGUACAUCUCCAAAUAUAAUUUCGACUCUAGCCUCGGUGCUACUGAUGCUCGGCGAUAUCCUAAUGGCUGGACAUGGAAGGAACAUGCUUCCCUUCCGAACUUUGGCUACAUGUGUCGUGCUGUGUUCUUCCCGCUGACGCCCACUGUACAGUCAGGCGAUGAACCCGACGAGGAUGUCUACCAUGGUAUCUCUGAUGUGGACGAUAAUGCGGCUUUGACUCAAACUCAAAGCACUGGUGUUCUUUCAACACGUCAAUACGUGGUGCACUCCCCAACCUUCCAAGUGCCAGCCUUCUAUUUCACAAUUCAUGAUAGCGCUGGUUCGCCCUUAACUCUGGCCGACAUUGUGACUACGCCGUUAUUCCGACGUCAUGCCCUGCCGGAGACGGUAUCGAAUUCAUUUGCAGUGUCUGCUCCAGAAUCGCUCUUUCCGAUGCUGUCUCAAGGCGACCACCCUACGCUCGGUACUCCUGCGUGGUACUUUCACCCGUGUCACACCCUGGAGUCUGUUGCGGAGGUGAUGAUGGAGGUUCAGCAGGAUGAGUGGACAACGGAGCAGCGUCUGCUUCGAUGGUUAGAGACCUGGUUCAUGGUGCUGGGGAACAUCGUAGAUUUUGGAGCCGGAAGCUUGUGA